GCAAAAUCAAAAAAAGACCAAGGCAAGGAACUUUCAAUAGAGGAAUAUAUACUAAUAAGAAAUGUAACCGAAGUUACAACUAAUACAAAGAGUAAAGAAAAAGCAACAAAACCUCAAACCGUUUAUACACACAGUAUAGACAUG